AUGUACUCGAGCAUCGCGACCUCACAAAAUGGAUCAGCAAAACUAGCAGAUGAAUGCGAUAUGUCGCACGUUCUGGAAGGAAAUCCACAUCCAGAAAACUCGACAGCAUUCACCGCCAUUGCGUUACUGACCGUUAUAGCCAUUGCGUCUUGUCCCUUCACCCUUUUGUUGAAUGCAUUGGUAAUCGUGGCAGUGAAUACCAAACCUAGACUCAAAACGUCCUCUAAUAUACUUGUCGGCUGCUUAGCGGUUACUGAUGUCUUUGUGGGAUUGUUCGCCCAACCCAUGUACAUAGCUUGCAGAACACUAAACUUACAUGGGGAUACUUCAGACGAGUAUUGCACACUACUUCGGUUGACAAGAAACAUCAUCAGACUUUUAGCUGCCUCAUCAAUCCACCACGUAUUCAUCAUGAGUUUUGAGCGAUAUUACGCCAUAAAAAAUGUUUUAACCUACACGGCCAUGCGAAAUAAAACUCGCAAACUUCUUGGUUCAUCCGCCCUGGCCUGGAUAGCAGCAAUAGUAGGAGCUGUUCUACAAGCGUUUAGCAUCAAAGUCUUCAUCACUUUUACAAGCAUUUCAUUAAUCGUAAUUUUGGCUGUAAUUAUCUUUUGCCAGGUUGGAGUGUACUCAGAGACCCGCCGGCAUGAAAAGUGCAUCGCCGCUCAGCAAGUCUCCCUGGAGGCCAGAAAGAAAUUCUCCAAAGAGAAGAAAGCCCUAAAGUCAACAAGCUGCGCUGAGGCAGUUUCGCGUUGCGUUUGUGCAAAUUUUGCUAAGGAAAAACCACCCACAAGCUGA